CCGGCUGGUGUGGUGGAGGACGGGGAGAGAAGAAGAAGGAGGAUCCGGGAGCAAGCGACAACAAAAAGGGUCUGGCCUGGGACUUGGCAAAACGGGAUCAUUGAAGGUUCAUUGACGGAUCGUCAUAUUUUUGUUCCUUUGAUUUUAUUUCUCAUAUUUUGAAGCUUCUUCUGUUUUCCAUUGAGAAUAUCAUCCGUACGAUUUGCACUCUGGCGAUGCCGUCCAACACUGUUGCCACCAACAACACCGCUGCAUUCCAAAGCUUAGACUACACCUGCGAUGCACCUGGGAACAGAAUGAGGGAGAGCACGAUACUGGACAAAGAGCUGGCACCAGAAGAGAAAUCCUCUAAAAGCAACACCAGCUGUAAAGAGGGCCGGCCUGCUGGGAGAAAACACAAGCAGAUCGCUGCGGAGGGCAGUGUGUCUGUGAAGGACAGUGUGCCCGGAGGCGGGGGCAACAGUCUCACCGGAGUGAGAGGCGGGGGCAACAGUCUCACCGGGGUGAGAGGCGGGGGCAACAGUCUCACCGGGGUGAGAGGCGGGGGCAACAGUCUCACCGGGGUGGCAGCGGAAAGAGAGAGAUUGUCUGUGGCGCAGGUGCAGAAUGGAGUCAUGAGCAGCGGGCACACAGACAGAGACAGGACCCAUGCUGAUGCUAGCAGUGGGCACACAGACAGAGACAGGACCCAGGCUGAUGCUAGCAGUGGGCACACAGACAGAGACAGGACCCAGGCUGAUGCCAGCGGCGGGCACACAGACAGAGACAGGACCCAUGCUGAUGCCAGCGGCGGGCACACAGACAGAGACAGGACCCAGGCUGAUGCCAGCAGUGGGCACACAGACAGAGACAGGACCCAUGCUGAUGCCAGCGGCGGGCACACAGACAGAGACAGGACCCAGGCUGAUGCCAGCGGCGGGCACACAGACAGAGACAGGACCCAGGCUGAUGCCAGUGGCGGGCACACAGACAGAGACAGGACCCAGGCUGAUGCCAGCAGUGGGCACACAGACAGAGACAGGACCCAGGCUGAUGCCAGCGGCGGGCACACAGACAGAGACAGGACCCAGGCUGAUGCCAGCAGCAGCCCCAAGCAAGAGAGGAAAGGUCCAGAGAAGAACGGGUUACCAGAUGCCCCUGGUUCCCCCAGUGCCAGUCAGUCUGAAGACAGCCCCCCGGGACCACCCACCCUCCUGCAUCAGAGCCGGAGCCCCCCCUCCCUGGAGAACAGGUUUCUAGUGAGCCGGGAGCCGAGCCGGGAGCCGAGCCGGAAGCCGAGCCGGGAGCCGAGCCGGGAGCCGAGCUGGAACGAGCAGGAGGACUCUGAGAAAGACAAAGAGGAGACUCUGACAACUCCGCCACGCAAGAAACGAGGCAGGCGGAAACUGGAGCGCCCAACAAAAUAUGUGGAGCAGAAGGAGGAUGGAGGUGAUACAGCCAAGAAACAGGGAGUUGGAGGCCCUGGGACAGGCAGGCUGCGUGGCUCCGUCAGUCUGCGUCAGAGGCCCAUUCCCAGAGUAACCUUCCAGGCCGGGGACCCAUAUUACAUUAGCAAGAGGACCAGGGAGGAGUGGCUGGCCAAGUGGAAGAUGGAGGCAGAGAAAAAAGCCCAAUUGGUGUCAGUGUUGAACUUAAUGGAGGACCAUGAGGAGAUGGAGCCUGAGCCACAACAGAAAGAAGAGGUGUCAGUCAUCACACCCCACCAGCAACAACAACAACAGCAGCCCACGGACCCAGCGUCCCCGACUGUGGCCACCACACCUGAACCUGUCCCCAUGGCAGGAGGGGACAAGACAUCCCCCAAGACUGCCGAUACUGAGCCGGAGUACGAGGACGGGCGGGAUUUCGGCAUUGGGGAGCUGGUGUGGGGGAAGCUGAGGGGGUUCUCCUGGUGGCCUGGUCGUAUUGUCUCCUGGUGGAUGACCGGACGCAGCCGAGCUGCCGAGGGGACACGAUGGGUCAUGUGGUUCGGUGACGGAAAAUUCUCAGUGGUGUGUGUAGAGAAACUGUUGCCUUUCGGUUCCUUCUCCAACGCCUUCCAUCAGCCCACCUUCAUCAAGCAGCCCAUGUAUAAGAAAGCCAUCUACGAGGUGCUACAGGUGGCUAGCACCCGUGCAGGCAAAACCUUCCUUGCCUGUCCAGAGAGCGAUGAGAACGACACCUCCAAGUCAGUGGAUCUACACAACAACCAGAUGAUAGAUUGGGCUGUGACAGGCUUCCAACCCACCGGGCCCAAGGGCCUAGAGCCACCAGAAGAGGAGCGUAACCCAUAUAAGGAGGUGUACCCUGACGUCUGGGUGGAGCCAGAGGCUGCAGCCUACACGCCCCCUCCAGCUAAAAAGCCUCGCAAAAGCACAGCAGCCGAGAAACCCAAGGUCAAGGAGAUGAUUGAUGAGGGGACGAGAGAGAGACUUGUGUAUGAAGUGAGACAGAAGUGCAGAAGCAUAGAGGACAUCUGCAUCUCCUGUGGAAGUUUGAAUGUUUCCCGUGAACACCCUCUGUUUGCUGGAGGAAUGUGCCAGAGCUGUAAGAACUGCUUUCUAGAAUGUGCAUAUCAGUAUGAUGACGAUGGUUACCAGUCAUACUGCACCAUCUGCUGUGGGGGACGAGAAGUUCUCAUGUGUGGGAACAACAACUGCUGCAGGUGUUUCUGUGUGGAGUGUGUUGACCUACUUGUGGGGCCAGGUGCAGCACAGAUAGCUAUAAAAGAGGAUCCCUGGUGCUGCUACAUGUGUGAGAAGGGCCAGAAGGGAGUGUUCGGCCUGCUGGAGCGUCACACUGAUUGGCCCUGCCGUCUACAGCACUUCUUCGCUAACAAUCACGACCAAGAUUUUGAACAACCAAAGCUUUACCCUCCAGUCAUGGCAGAGAAGAGACAACCUAUUCGUGUCCUGUCACUGUUCGACGGCAUAGCAACAGGUCUGCUGGUGCUAAAGGAGCUGGGUAUCCAGGUGGAGCGCUAUGUGGCGUCGGAGGUGUGUGAGGACUCUAUCACGGUGGGCAUCGUCAGGCAUCAGGGACGCAUCAUGUACGUGGGCGACGUGAGGAACGUCACACGCAAACAUUUACAUGAGUGGGGCCCCUUUGACUUAGUGAUUGGUGGAAGUCCGUGUAACGACCUCUCUAUUGUCAACCCAGCUAGGAAGGGUCUUUAUGAGGGCACUGGUCGGCUGUUCUUUGAGUUCUACCGCCUGCUGCACGAGGCUCGGCCCAAAGAGGGCGACAACCGGCCGUUCUUCUGGCUCUUUGAAAACGUGGUGGCAAUGGGCGUCAGUGACAAGAGGGACAUCUCUCGCUUUCUAGAGUGUAAUCCGGUGAUGAUCGAUGCCAAGGAGGUGACUGCUGCUCACCGUGCUCGCUACUUCUGGGGCAACCUGCCUGGCAUGAACAGGUUGGUGAGAGAACGGCCCUUGACGGCCAUGUUCACUGACAGACUAGACCUUCAGGACUGUUUGGAGCAUGGCAGAACAGCGAAGUUUGGCAAAGUGAGGACCAUCACCACUCGCUCUAAUUCCAUUAAGCAGGGUAAAGACCAGCACUUUCCCGUCUUCAUGAACGAGAAGGAGGACAUUCUUUGGUGCACUGAGAUGGAGAGGGUGUUUGGCUUCCCAGUCCAUUACACAGACGUGUCCAACAUGAGUCGGCUGGCCAGGCAAAGGCUUCUGGGAAGGUCGUGGAGUGUACCGGUCAUCCGACACUUGUUUGCACCACUCAAAGAAUAUUUUGCCUGCGUUUAACAAGACUUGACUUAACUAGACCAUCACAAACAUAGAACUGAUGUUGUAACCAGAAACAUGAGCAUUGGUGAAAUUAUACUACUCCCUGGUACCUGGUAUCAUUUCCCAGGCAAGCAAAACAUCAUGAAAGUAAAUAUUUCAAAUUAUUUCUUGUAAUUUGAAAUGUACUUCUUAUUCUAUUUAAUAUGUAUAUGUCAUUUUACCUUUUAGCAGUGUUAUCCAGUAUUUUUUAAAUUGAUUUAUUUGUGCAAGCUAUACUUGAGACAAGGCUUUCUUCUCAAGGCACUGAGAAAGAAGAAACUAGGAUCUGUGUGGCUUUUAGAAUAAGGACUAGGAUUGGAUGAUUGGAAAAGAUCUGAAAGAGAGUUGAUGAUACUGUAUGUGCAGUAUGUAUGUGAAAGAUAUUGGCGGUGUAGGCAUGAUUUUCUAUUGGCCAAUAUCUGAAGUGGGUAAAGCAAGCCAGCGACAGUAUAGUCAUGUUGAGUUUUGAUUCCUCCAGCUACUGAGCCUCGCAGAGCUAAAGUGAAUAAGGGUGAUUGUCUUCAGUGUCAUAGAAAGCUGUGUCUUAAUGAAUCCAAAACAUCAGAUCACAUAUACCUCUUUGUUUAAAGUUUAUAUACACAGUUAACUGAAGGUAAAGGUACUACUGUAAAAUGGUUACAAUACCAUGGUGCUUCACGACGAUAGGAAGCAUCACAGGUCAUGUGGCACAGGCACUACACUUUAGACAAGAUGGGAUUUAUUUUUUGUUUACGUUUUUUUUUCAGUGUAAUGUUUUCACUAUUUAAAGAAGUUCUGUGUUAUUUUAGUAAAUUUAAAUGAUUUCAAAGUGGCGAUUAAAGGUGUGGUGACAGUAGACUGCAGAACAAUAUGCCAUAUCCUACUCUUUUCUGUUUUACAGCUUUUAUAAACAUCAAUUCUACUGGUGUUCUUUAAAUAAUUGUUCAAGCCUUGCUCCAUGUAAACUCAGGCCCCCCCAUGCAUGCCUGUGUCUGACUGCACAAACACAACAUGAAGCUAGCCACAUGGGCGGUGAUGCAUUCUGUCGUUACCACAACAACAAAAUACCUUAAGAUCAAAGUCUGUGGUGAUGCUUUUUUCUAAUGUCAUCACUGUACAACUGUUAGUGAGCACGGUGGUUGGACUGGAGGGAGGGCAGAUGGCCUGGGGUUUCCACAAUAAAGUAAAGACUCUCUCCUUCCCCUUUUCACCCCUGCAAACUACAUACUGUCAGGUGCAAAUCUUCUAACAAAAUGGUGCGGCUUCACAAUGUUCUUCUACCUUUUUAUAGCGAUUUUGUGCUGUUUUACCAACAUUAUAAAGCACUUUUUUAUAUGUAUACUUUUUUUUUCUUCAGUAUUUUAAAAUGUUUCUUCUUGGUUUUUCUUGUGAAAUGUUGUUUUUAUGAUGUGAACUGUUCUACAGCUGUGUAAUACAGUAUGUUUUCUAUACAGUAGGGCUGUGCCAAUAGAAGUGGAAGAAUGGACUCAUAGAAUUAUGUUAAAUCCAUGUAUCCAUGGAAACGAUUGAUUAUUGAUCCUACUCAAUGUACAGUAGAUUCAUAGAAAAUGAUUGAUGUGCUCCAUUUUCAUAUUGUCUUCUGUUGAAAGCCGUAAUUCAGUAUGCCAUUCUUUGGAUAGAACAAGACAUUGUAGAAUUUAAAACAGAGUUAAGAAACUAUGUUAUACCGUAUGUUUGUAACGUUACCUUUCCAAAUGAAUAUACCAGACCGCAGAUGCAAUGUCCUCUGCACCUUCCUCUUGUAGACCUCAAAUAAUUAGAAAAAGCGAGAGUGAUAGAGACAGAUUUACAAACUGAUUACAGGGCCUGCUCCAGGCAUAAGCGUUUUGUUUUUUUUAGGAACUCAGUCGGGGUCUGAACUUACUAUUGAAAGUAGGAAUAGUACAGUACACCAGGUGCAAUUUAGACAUUUGGUUGGGCAUCAUUCUGCAGUUUUUCUCUUGUUAUGUCAGUCACUGACAGUCACUCAAUUGGCCAUGUCAGCUAACCAGUUUUAGAUUGGUAGUUUGUCUAGCCUGCUAUCUAAACUUACAUUUACAUUUACAUUUAAGUCAUUUAGCAGACGCUCUUAUCCAGAGCGACUUACAAAUUGGUGAAUUCACCUUCUGACAUCAGUGGAACAGCCACUUGGAACAGCCAACUUCAGUGGAACAGCCAACUUGAGUAGUCAUGGCCAAAUACUGACCGGGCAAGCAGGGCCCGUGCCUAGGGCCCUGAUUUUAAGGGGGCCCCAUUUAUUUGGUUAGUUAUUCUCACUCUAAAUCUUGGCAAAAUGGAUAGAAGUGCAGGAAAUUAGCUAUAAAACUGAAAAAUAAAUUAUCUGCCCCAUGGCAAAAUGAGUAGAAUUGCAUGAAAUGUGUGAUGAAAUUGCUAAAAGAAUUCUCUGUCCAAUGGCAAAAUGUGUAGAAUUGCAGAAAAAUGUAUUUAAAACUGCAACAUUUUCUCUACGCCCCAUGGCAAGAUGUGUAGAAUGGCUGGGAAUUCAUUUUUAAAUUUGUGGACGAUUUAGAAAUGAGUUUUUCAGAACUCAAAACUGAAGAGUGAACGGUGACCAGAGAAAUACAGUAGCAGAGACGAUGACUUACCAAUGUUCUAUCUAAAUAUUCUAAAUGACUUCAUUUCAUAAAUGUAGUUUCAUACAUGAUUAAGUUCUUAAGUGACCUUAUCGUAUCCUUUCCACCUUUUUAGUUGAACUUCGGACAUUGGGUUUGCAGGAAUCCUUAUGCGUUGUGUUGACAUUGAUGUUAAUUCCCUUUCCCUAUAGUAAAUGACCAUGCCCCUUGUACAGUUUGUACAUAGAGUUUUCCUGUCACUGUUUUUGAUUUGUUUUUAUUUUUUUGAAUUACCUAUGAGAUGUACAAAUAUAAUUCUUUGCUAAUAUAUAUCAUGGAAUUAGAAAAAAAAGAUUAGGUGAAAAACUAAAAAGAAAAUCAAUUAAAAUAGUUUUUUUUAAAAUAUCAUAAUAAGCUAUGAAGCAUUAGAAGGUGGACUCCAAGUGUUGCCUUCUAGUACUGUUCAUUUGUUUGAUUUGUUUUUUGAUGUUUUGAGUGAGUCCUGAGUGAAUCCAGUUUAAAUGUGUCAAGUGAUCUUUAGCCUAAUAAUGACAGCUUUAAGAUGCAAUGGUCUCUACUUCACUGCACAGCCCUACAUAAUGUUGGUUGUUUUUGCCUUUUGUUUCUUUUUAUAAGAACUAUAAAGAGGGAUUGUAGGUGUUUCUGACGGUGCUAAACAUUUUAUCUAAUCAAGAAAAAAUAUAUUUGUUUUGGAAGAGAAAUAAAACUUGUCUUGACAAUGA